GAGGGCAAGGAAAAAACAAGCCGAGAAAAUUGUUCGAAGAAAACGAAAGUACAAUCAUCAAUUUUCAAUUGAACAAGUGUGUUAUUUUGACAGAUAAGCAUCACAUGUAAUAGUUAGUUUGGUGAGUUAUGGCAGCGUCGUUGCGCUCAACGCAGAAGGUUCGUCUGGCAAAAUAAGUGUUCGGAGUCUGUCGCUUGUAUUUGUGUUAUUGUACCAGCCAUCAGUGCAGAACUGUUAUGAGGUGUCAAUAAGUUUAAAGGUGGACUGAGGCUGGAAUGCGAAGGCCCUGGUAUUUGAGCUGGGGUUCGGAGGUCAUCAUCCUCAUCGCAUGACAAAGCCGGACUGACAGAUUCAUCUUCAUCUUUCAGAUACAGUCUUUCCAUUUUCUGUGCCUAAGGUGAGCACCAUGAAGGCUGGCGGGCGGGGCAAGGAUGCUCCCGCAGAGGGGGACGUCAGCGGCAAGCGGCCCAAACGCAAGUGUCUGCAGUGGCACCCCCUGCUGUCCAAGAAGGCCCUGGACUUCUCAGAGGAAGAGGAGGAGGAAGAUGAGGAGGAGCUGGAGAAGGAGUCUCUGCUGUGCAGGGAGAGCGGGGUGCAGGAGGCCGAGUGCGGGGUCACAGAGGAGGAGGGCGAGGAGGAGGUGUCGGAACAGCGCGCCCGGCGCCCCAUGAACGCGUUCCUCCUCUUCUGCAAGCGGCACCGCUCCCUGGUGCGGCAGGAGCACCCCCGGCUCGACAACCGCGGGGCCACCAAGAUCCUGGCCGACUGGUGGGCCGUCCUGGAGCCCAAGGAGAAGCAGAAGUACACGGACAUGGCCAAGGAGUAUAAAGACGCUUUCAUGAAGGCAAACCCAGGGUACAAGUGGUGCCCCACCACCAACAAGCCAGUGACCAGCCCCACCCAAGCCAUCGGCACCCCUCGCAAAAAAGUCUGGUCCCUUUCCUCCAGCCCGCCCAAGGACUGCGCCGUCGCCAAAAAAGUGCCCAAGGCUGUCAGCGCCCCCCAGCUCAACUUCGCCAUGGCAGAUCCAACCAAAAUGGGAGGUCUAAGUUUGCUGCUGCUGGCUGGGGAGCACGCUCUGACCGCCCGGGAGAUCUCCUCCAGCACCUCUCCGACUCCCUUGGACUCGGACAAGCAGGCCGGAAAGUCUACCUUAUUCAAUCUCUCUGAGAUUUCCUCCAGCACUUCCCAGUCAGGGGCCACAGACGUUGCUAAGCACCCUGGGAAACCUGCACUCUUCCAGCUAGCUGAGAUUUCCUCCAGCACUCCUAAGCCCACAGCUGGAGCCGCGGCUGCUGAAGGAAGCACAUCUCCGGACCUGGCAGAGGUCCCCUCUGGAAUACGCAGGACAGAGCCUCAGGACCCAAAGGCCUGUGUGAGCUCUCCUUUGUUUCAGCUGGCAGAGCAGAUAUCCUCCAGCACGCCGCAUGCCACCGGGCCAGAGGGGAAGCCAUGUGGACAGUCCGCCCUCUUCCAGCUGGCUGAAAUGUGCUUGGCGUCUGAGGCGGGGAAGAUGGAAGCUUUGGCUCCGCUGCCGGUGGGCGAGUCCACCUCAGCCUCUUCCUCUCACAGUGCUGAAAACCCUGAUCUUCCUCUGUCCUCCUCCUCUUCCUCCACUUCUACUUCCACCUCACCUUCUUCAUCGUCCUCCUCUUCCUCCACGUCCUCCACACACACCGACGCCAGUCCUCCGGCUCUCAGCCAACCCAAGAAUGUGAAGAAAAAGAAAAAGAAGAAGAAGAAGAAGAAGGACGACCCGGUGGAAGAGAGGAGCGAGGCCUCUGGGCUCGACAGCGAAAGCCCGCCGUCGCCCAAGAAGUCCUGCAAGAAGCGGCAGUCCUCCGACUCGGACCUGGAGAGCAUGAUCUACACCAUCGAGGCGGUGGCCAAGGGGGCCUGGGGACCGGAGGAGGUGCCCAAGAAGAAGGUCCGCCUGCCAGAGGUCCCCGGGGAGCCCGUUUCGCCAAAGAAGGCCAAGCCCAAAGCCAGGAAGCCGAAAGUGGAAGAGAAGCCAGCGGUGGACUGCACGCCGCUGGAAGUGGAGCCGCCCUCGCCCUCACCCCCGCCCAGCCCCAAGGCCGAGGUGGAGGAGGAGGAGGAGGAGGUGGAGGAGGAGGAAGAAGAAGAGGUGGAGCCCCCCGCACCCGUGGAGCAGCCACCCAGCCCCCCGCUGCUCCUCCUCAAAGCGGAGGAGAAGGAGGGGGAGGCCAAGCCCGAGAGCUGUGGCUCCAGGAAGUCGGAGAGGACGUGCAAGGGGGCCCUGUACAAGACUCUGGUGUCUGAAGGAAUGCUGGCCUCGCUGAGGGCCAAUGUGGACAGAGGUAAGCGAGGCCGGGGCAGUGUGUCCGAUCAUGAGGCCGGCUGGACCGAGGACACCUGGGCCUUCACACAGACGGGCCCCAGCAACCCCAAGAAGCUGAAAAAGUCCAAAUCCAGAGACGACUCUGUUCCUGGCCUGGGGAAACUGGAGCAGGAGUUUGAGAAGAAGUUCAACAGUCUGCCACAAUACAGCCCCCUCACCUUCGACAAGAAGAGCACCUCGGUCACCAAGAAGAAGAAGCCCAGCGAGGUGCCCAAGCCCUGCAAGGGUUCAUCUCCAUCUCAGAAAAAGAAUUUAUUCCACAAGAUUGUUAGCAAGUACAAGCACAAAAAGGAGAAACCCAAUACCGUGGAGAAAGCCAUAGCAAUGCAAGACCCCCCCGUGCUGGAUGGAGGGCCGACGGUGAAGGUGGCGGGCCCCUGUGGCCCUCUCUCUCUGGAGGUGCUGGGGGCCGCUGAGAUGCUGGUGGGCAGCCAGAAGAGGAAGGCCCGUAAGAAUAAGAUCACCCACCUAGUGCGCACUGCCGAUGGCAGGGUGUCCCCAGCAGAGGAGGACAAAGCCAGGGAGGUGAUCCAGAAUCAGGAUGAAAAGCCAUUAACCCAAGAGACUUUAUGCAAUGAAGACGGGUCCUGCGCUGAACCCAGGCCCCGGGAGACGAGCGGCGAUGGCGCCGACGGGCCCGCCAUUUCCGGCCUCCCGGCCUUCUUCAGCCUGGCUGCUCUGGCUGAAGUUGCAGCCAUGGAGAACGUGCACAGAGGCCAACGCACAGUCGCCAUGGCAGCAGACGCACAGUCGAAGGAAAUGGCCCAGGCCGCCGUGCUCAUCUCCUGCGCUGAUCAGUGAAGGCCCUCCCCUUCCCACAUCCUCCUCCUCCCCACCCCAACCCCCUCAGACAACACAGUCACGACGUGCUUCUCUGCCCUGACCUGGCUCUGGGGAAUGGGAGGUUGUGACAGAGUGAACUGGGCUCAGCUGUGGACUUGGGGAACAGGGCCUGCCGAACGCUUGUACCCAGUGGGGGGGAGGAGGGUGCCCCCUUACCCGCGCUCCCCUCCCCCUCCCGGCAGAGCUGACCUCCAGCCCCCCGGUGGAGCUGAGCCAGUACGGGGGCGUGGCUUUUCCAUCCGGGGGCUGCGACGGGUUAGCGGGAUUCUGCUACACGCCAGACAGCUGCCGUCUUCAAAGGUCAAGUUUUGCAGACAAAAAGUGCAUUUAAAUCAUGCGCGCGUGCGCACACACACACGCACACACACGCACACACACGCACACACACGCACACACACGCACACACACGCACACAUACAUACAUGCACACAAAAAGCUCUCCCUUCAGGAGGUUUUUACUUCUUUAUGGUGAGCCGGUUUUAAGUUUAUCCACAUCUUGUUACCUUCUUGGUACUUGGUAUUUCCUGUGUGAGGAGGUGUGUGAAGCCCUGUGGCUUUCUGUUUGGAACACCCUGACAGAGCUCUGGUGAAACUGCUUCAGAACUCACUAAAACGCCCUUGACCUCAUUUCCUGCCUAAGGCCUUCAUUUUGUACACUAGCUCUCUGAGCUGUGUGUUCCCCUGCUUUGCAGAGAGCUACAGAGGACCUGGGCAGUCAGUUGUACUUCGUAACACACUCUACCCCCCCCCCCCCCUUGUUACAGCUGUAACGACAGCCUCGUUACUCGGAGGUUCUGAUUGAGCGCGUGUCAAACAACCCCCUUUUUGGAAAUCUCAGAAAGCAUUCCAUUGCUUGGUAGUUCUCAUGUAGAGGCUGGGGGUGGCUGCUGGAGGGAGGCUCUGACCAUUGGAAAAUGCUGGCCGCUGGCCGGUCUGUUUGAGUUGGGCAGCCGAGUGGAUCAGGGUUCUAGCGCGAAGCCUCGGUUUCACUGUGGGAAGGGAACGGGUCUCCAGGCAACCGGUCAGCGUGCUGCUCUUCAUUCUGACUAGAUGGGAACUUUAUUACCCAGCAUCCACCCUGUGUGAUAUCAGUUGAGAUCAACCUGUGGGUUGUCGGGCCUCACUGGUUUACUGGUACAUGCUUUUUUCUUCUUUUUUUCUAUCUGCGUAUUCUUUUCUCUCUCACGGUCUCUCCCUCUCACACAGACACGCACACACACACACACACACACACACACACACACACACGCACACACUGGAAGUACUUGAAUGAAAAGAGAUGCAUUUUAUGUCAAUGCCUGACCUUUGAGCAGUCUGUGUAGCAUCUAAAUAGCUAAUCCAAAUGUGUGCUACUAGUUUCCUAAGAUAGAUUAAUAACACAGACACUGCACUAAUUUUUAGCUCCAGUAGAAGAGGCUUCAUUAUGUUUUAAUUAUUCAGUUUUAUUCAUUCAGGUUUGUAUCAAGAUUCCUCCUUCACCCAAUGUUUAUUUAUUUUUUUUAUUUUAUUUUUUUCUUGGUUUUUUUUCCCCCUUCUUCCUGUGUCGCUGUUUUCUCCUUGAGAUCAUGACACUGAAAUGAACUGUCCCGUCAAACUGAACUUUGACUCUUCUUAGCUUUAUGCUUGAUUUUAUUGUAUUUUUUAUUCAUUUGCAUGUCCUUAUUGAAGUGAAACAGCCAGGCUUUCAUUCCAUGAAUAUUUGUGGGCUCGAGUUGAAGGCGCCCAGCUGUGCGGUGGUCCUGUGUACAGUACAGUAGGUUAAUAUUGUAUGUUUUUAAACGCUUCCGUGGCAGGUGAGACGGUGGCUUUCUCUGUUGAUUGACAGCAGGUCAUUUUCUCGGCCGGUCAGCUGACUGCCUGCUUGUUCAAUCAGCUGCCUCCGUUCGGACGGUCAAGCCGCCGAACCCCCACCUUCACUCCUGCACAUGGCAUGAAUGACAGAUCUUCCCAUAUCCGUAGUUCCAAGGCCUAUACUCAAAUGGUGUGACGGUAUAGAUCAGUCUCUCUCUGUCCUUCCCACGCUGCUGUGGACGUAGGCUGUGUAGUAGUCCAGACUGGUGGAUAUGCUGUUCUGUUUGACUCCUGUACUCUCUCUCCCUCAGGACUCCUUCCGUUAGAACAUACUACCGCUUUUUGGAGCUACCGCUGAUGACCCAUACCAAUUUAUUAUUCUUUUUCAUAAAUUAUUUUUCACAUUUUCAUUAUCUGCCCUGUCAGUGGUAAAAAAAAACAACAACAAAAAAAAACAGUUGUAUCAGUGUUCUGUUGGUAUCUGCCUUGGUUGUUCCUUUUUUUUGUUGUUUUUGUUUUUGUUUGUUGUUCUUAAUGGCUAUUCCAAACCUCAGAUAUCUCUCCUGGGUCCCAGUUUACUGGAUGAAGACUGUUGUAAAAAAAAAAAAAAAAAAGAAAGAAAAAAAAAAAAAGCUCAUAUAUAAAAAAAAAAAAAAAAAAUCCUUCAUAAACACACACCGUAUAAAUACCUAUGUAGAACCUGUCCCUAUGCUUACUUGUUAAGCAGUUGAGCACUGAAUAGUACUGCACUGCUUGUAGAACAGCAACUUCUGUUUCUCUGCUUCUCUGAGAGUAUAUAAUCUUAUAGCACCUGCAUUACCUGUGCAUUGGGGCAGCAGUACUUUGUAAAGAGCCGGUUCAUAGUUUUCCAUGGUGUUACCAUGUGGCCUGGACAUGUGACAUCCUAACAAUAACUCAAGGGCCCAGACUGCUGCACACAAGCAUUUAUUUCUCCUAAAACUCUAAAUACCGGUUUUCGGUGUACUUUCCAAUUUAGACUGACAUUGCUUUUAUAGUGCAAACUGCAACGGACAUCUUCGGUCAGUUUUCAUACCCCCCCCCAAAUGUAUUUGUGCAUAGAAACUGGUGAUUGAACUUGGAGCUUCAGCUUUUAAAGUUGCAAGUGAGAUUUAACAGUUUUUCUGCUUGCUAAUAAAAUAAUCCUAGAUGCAUUGAAAUUAUAUAUUUUUCACAGAUUUGAGGAAAUAAUUCUGGGGUAGGUGUGACUUGUUUUGGAAGGAUUAAGCAUUAAAGAACUUACAUAAGACUUCCUCACAUAUACUUCAGUUUGUGCUGUUAGUGCACCUUGUCCAUAUCUGGACAUUCUAAUGAGUAAUUUAGUCACUGCUUAAAGAUGACACUGUUCCAAAUGUUUCUCUUCAAUCAGUUCUAAUUAAAAAUGAAAUAAAAGUGUCUUCCCAAAAAAAAGAAAAAAGCACAUGUACUUCAUCAAAAACCAUUUCAAACAUGGCACUAGCCAGUGGGAUAGCAUGUACGUAACUAAAUGCUUGUAACUACUGUGGUUCUGCGGACAUUUGCCAAAGAAAAGGAAACAGUGUCUUUAAAUCAAAUACAUCGUAAGAAUAAGGCUAGAUUUGCAGUUGCACUGGAUUUUGUUUGGUGCAUAUGAUCUUCAGGUAACAGAUGUUCUUUAUCAGCACAAUUAAUGCUAUAUUUCUGAUGGGGUUCCUCUGACUUAAAACAGUUUUGUGGUAGUGGUGUACAUUGUUCGCACCUUUUAAAUGCCUCUUUUAAAAGACUAUAUUUGCACCUUAGAAUCCAAACCAAAAUAAUAUCACAUUGAAAUAGUUAUUUUCUCUCCCCCUCCCCAACACACUUCUGCUUUAUUUUGUUUUCACACCACUUUUCUCCGACCCUUCAGUCCCCUUCCAUAUCUUAAAAAAAGAAACCUUUAUUUCAUUGCAAAUGUAUGUAAAUAUGAAUGAAGUAUUUUAGGCUGAUUUGAGCAUUCUGGCAUGAAAUUGACAAAAAUUAUAUAUCAACACAUUUUAAUCCCCUGCCCUUCUCAUUGUCCACCUUUUCUAUAUUUAAGAUGCCUAUUUAAAACUAGAGUUCCUAUAUGAAUUAAAUGAAUAUUAUCGAUGAUAAUACCCUUUUGUGCUAGUACUGUCUCUUGAAUGUAAUGGAUUUUUGUACCUGUAUUUUUCUAUUUGCUAUUCAAUCUCAACUUUCUGUACUUGAUGGAUUUAUACGGAGGAGUUUACACACGUGAAUAGUUUGUUACAACCAACAGUCAUUGCCGUGGACAGGCGCCGUUGUGAGAACUCCAGUUCUGUGAGUUGACUUGGCUCGUCUGUAAGCAUCUGUUAGAGCGAUUUUACAGAGAGUUUAAUUUCAGAGCACAGGAAUAUAACCACCCUGAUUUGUAUCAUAAAAUGCAGGAAUCAAGGACCACUCUUAGCAGUAAAGGGUGAAACCAGGGACACUUGCAAUUACAAAGAACAAUUGCCAAACCCUCUGUAAUUUGAGCUUAUUUAUUUUAUUAUUUUUUAUUGUUUGUUUAUCCAGAUAGUCUUAAAAAAAAAAAAAAAAAAAAAAAAAAAAAACCUGAAUAUGCACCCAGAACUUUUAAAGAUGUACCUUAUCUGCUCCAUACAAGAAUGUUAUGUGUGUGACUGCUUGAGCAGUUUAACACAGUCUUGUUGAGGGCUUUCUCCAGAUUGAAUUAUGUUUCCUCUUGAAAGUUUGUACCAUGUGUGCUUGAUCUAAUUUAUGUCAAUAGUACUGUAUCAUAACAUGUAUGGACUUGAUUGUUACAGCCCAGUUGUUAAUGCAGCCUUGCCUUACUGGACACCCUGCUUAGAAAGGGAUUCCUUAGCCAUUGCCCUCAGCUCUUUUCACUGUCAUUACACUGUCUGCUGGCGCAACUAGUACUCCCUCAACACCUAUUAAAAUACCUAUAUUAAA